AUGAGGCUCAUCAAUACCCAUACGUGGGCAUUGGAAGAAUUCUACGCUCGCGUCCCACGAUAUGCCAUACUCUCGCACACGUGGGGCGAAGGUGAGGUUUCCUUCCGAGACAUGCGUUCGCCGGAGAGACAACGCAUGAAGGGAUUCGCCAAAAUCCUCCAGACCUGCAAACUGGCGAGAGCCGACAAGAUCGACUACGCCUGGGUCGACACCUGUUGCAUCGACAAAUCUUCGAGUGCGGAGCUGACCGAGGCCAUCAAUUCCAUGUUCCAAUGGUACAUGCACGCCGCCAAGUGUUACGUCUUCAUGGAGGACCUCCAGAGACUGGACGAAAACGCCAUCCUGCCCCAGUGCCGGUGGUUCACCCGGGGUUGGACCUUGCAGGAGCUGCUCGCCCCGAAGGUGCUCGAGAUUUUCAACAUGCACUGGGAAUUCGUGGGCACCAAGGCCGACUACGCUCGUGCCAUAUCCGUGGCCACCGAGAUCCCCGAGGCCGUCAUCGUCGGUGAAGCGGCCUUGGGCAACUGUUCCGUCGCGGCGAAGAUGUCCUGGGCCGCCCGUCGUGAGACCACCCGCGUCGAAGACAUGGCCUACUGCCUCUUGGGCAUCUUCGACGUGAACAUGCCCAUGCUGUACGGCGAGGGCUGGAAAGCUUUUCGGCGACUGCAAGAGGAAGUCAUCAAACGUUCCAACGACCUGACCAUUUUCGCCUGGAGUUCGUCGGCGGGACAGGAACAGAGUUCCCUCCCGCUGCUCGCGGAGUCCCCCGCCGCCUUCGCCGGCAGUUCCUCCAUCUGCCCCUUCUCCGACGACUUUGAGGACUUUUCCGUGACCAACAAGGGACUCUUGAUCUCGGGCGACGCCCCCUUGAGGGUCGUGGCGCCCGUGGCGGGGGGCCCCGAGCGGUCGACGGAGCGUUACGUCCUGCACCUGGGUUCCGACGAGGCCACGGGCGCCGACGGGGGGGUCUACCUGAGGAAGAUCGGCCCCAAGAUCUACUGUCGCGACGGCGGUUCCCCCCUGGCGGGUUUCGGCCGGAACAAGUACGUCGUACGCCACCUCCUCGACGCGACCGACUACUACAUCCUGAUCGACCCUCUCACGGCCACCACCAUUUCACGCCUCACCUUCCGGUCGCGGGCCAUCCACGUCCCCACGACGGGCAUGUUCCGACUGACCGUCCAGGCCCCGGAGCUCCUGUGGGACCGCACCGACCGUGUCUUUCUGCGGCCGAAGGCGUACAAGGGCACCCACACGCGGUCGGUCUUGUUUUUGGGCUUCAAGGGGAACUUGUCGGUGGGGAGGGCCGUCCGGUUCUACGUGUUUUGCGACUACCGUGGCGCCUCGCCGUCGUGCAAGAUGUUGCUGUGGGACGAGGAUGAUUCUCACCCUUCAAACUCUUCUUCUCCCUCUUCGCACGUGCCGUUUGCGGACAAGUACCGAAUGGAAACAGCACAUUGGACCGACAUCGCCACACAAAUUCCCGAACUGGAAAGGGCGGGGAGUAGCAUCGACGUCAAGGUUGGGAGUCAAGUGUAUAGGAUCGCCUCUUCCUUCAGGAAAGGUGUCGUCGAGAGUCUGUCCAAAGAAGUGGAAUUGUUUAUUCUCGAGUUCAACGUGGAAAGAAGACCGUACAAUUCAAAGAUUGAUCCUUGUCUUUACUACAACAGCUUCCUACGGGAUAAUCAAAUGGCUCAUCGAGUCAAUAAUGACAGUGAUUCUUCUCACUCACCAGCCGCAUCCAUCCUAUUGAAACUCAUUGAAGAUUAUCACUCUUUCAAUCCGAGUAGAGAAGUUCCCGUUUUACCUUACCCUACACCUUUGGAAUUCAGUAAACAAGUCGGGAGAGGUAGACCAUGUGUUUAUCGUCUUGAUCCGAAUGAUCAGCCUCCACCGACCGGGAAUGAUGAGAUCGAUGAGGAUGAGGAGGAUGAAAAGGUACGAAAUCGGCUAACAAAGGAUGAGAUGAAGAAUAUUCUGUCUUGUUCUGCAUUCUCUUGGACUCGACAAAGUAUGUGUGAAAAAGUCAAAGAGGAUGUAGAAGUUGCCGUGACUCCGGAUGGUAGAGCGGAUUCUUUGUAUCGUUUACCUCGACCUCAAUCUCGACGGGGAUUUUACAACGAAGAAAAGGAUGAGGAUGAGGAUGAGGAUGAAGAAGCAGAAGAAGUAUUUGUUCAACCCGCAACGAUCAAAAUGUCAUUAUCAACGUUAUUUGAUAAACUACUCAUCCCACAAGAUGACGACGAGGAAGAGGAUGAUGACGAAUACGAGGAAGAGUCGACAACAACAACAACUACCUCCAUUGGUACGAAUUCUACCAAUGUCAAUCGACGACGACACGAAAAGCGACAAAAAGAUACAAAGCAAUAUUACCUUCAAUCUCAAAACAGUAACCUGACGACGACGUCGUCCUCCUUGUCACCUUUGUUGGAAGAUUUACCUCGACGGCAUCUACCCUUUGCCGGGCCGGUUCUGGGCCAACCUGAAGCCGUCAACAUUUGGAUAGGUGGGAGUGGGAGUGUGACGAGUACUCACCGUGACCCGUACGAGAAUUUAUAUCUAGUUCUCAAGGGAUGUAAAACUUUCACACUCUAUCCACCGGUCGAGGAAUUGUGUUUACACGCCAAAAGAGUCAGGACCGGUCGUCACGUUCUUGUAGACAGUGGUGACAACAAACGGGAAAAAGAAUUUGAGAUUGUACUGGACGAUGAUAUUCAACAACAAGAACAAGAAAAGAGUGCUCCAGAAACUGAAACCGACACCGAUACCGACACCGAAUAUGACAACAAAAUACCUUGGAUACCAAUCGACCCAGAUACAAUCAAUUUUUCAUCUUCUGACACAUCAGCAAAAACAAAAUAUCAUUAUUACAAAUAUUCAAACCCUAUCAAGGUCAAAGUAUGGGAAAAUGAAAUCCUCUACUUACCUUCUGGUUGGUUUCAUCAUGUUCGUCAAGAGUGUGGCGUUUGGGACGACGACGGACAAAUCGCCCCUUGUAUCGCGGUCAAUUACUGGUACGAUAUGGACUAUGAAGGGGAAAAGUAUGCCACACGAGAAAUGAUGACAAGAUUGGUCGAAACGGUGAGAAGAGAAGAACAACGUUGA